UGGGCUGUUAUUUCUCUAGACUUGCCUAGUGAAGUACUUUGCCAGCUGUGUUUUAACAUAGCAAAUGCUUUUUGUUAUGCGAACCACACACAACUAUUAAAGACGUCGCUAUUGAGGUUAGCAAGCUAGCCUGCUAAUUGAUCCACCACCGGUGGGUUUUGCUAAUUAGACUGACGUUAAUUAGCUGAAUAAUCAAGACUGUUGGUAGGGCACACGAUCGUUUUCUCUCGGAUAAUUAUGUAUGAUGGAUUUCUACAAUGAUUAUAUGCCCUCUACAUAAACGGCAUAUGUUACCAUAUUAACAAGCUAGAAUUUAGACGAUAUUUGUAGCAGUCAAGCUAAUUGACUCGCCAACGCAGCUAACGUUAGCAGAUAAGUGGACAGUGUUGGUAUUUGGUGUUGGAAUGUUCGUGGACAGUUACAUGAUAAAAGUCAACAUUCGUCUGUUAUCAUAUAUACUUUGUAUGAAGUUGUGAUUGUGUUAUGUCAAUAGCAUUGGUCAAUUAUGCUGUUUAUUAUACGUGCCCUAAAUUACAGUGCAGUCGACGACUUAUUUAUUUAUUAUUGUAAAUCGUCAACACUGCAAUGAGAUUUCUCGUGGGGGGUUGCAACGUGUUGGCCAUUUUUUUUCCCUUUCUUUGACAAGAAGCAUGCAUUUAUAUAUUUAAAGAUCAGCAUUAUCUAUUGCAUGAUCCAACUGAAGUCAGCACACUUUGAAAAAAAUCCUUCAAGGAGGAGGCAGGUGAGACUAUAAGCAGUGACAGUAACGGGGUGUCAAUGUGGUUGUGUCCACUUUGUCAGCAAGGGCAGCCCGACAGAGACGGACUUUCUCUCCAUCUGACAGGCAAACACAGUGUACUUCCUGCCUGCCUGGACAAAUUACUGGAUAUUGCUGUCCAGACGCAUUCCUCGGGUGAGGAUGCUAAAGCCACAGUCCAGACAGGAGCUGCAGAUGCCUGUUUGGAACCCACCCUGGAUGAAGAGUAUUCCAAAAAAAUUGCUGACGGUUCUCAAAUGAGCGCAGGAGACAAAGACACUGCCACCCUGGAAAAGGACAUGGAUGAUGAAGUGGAGGGGAUGCAAGACCCAGAGGCUGACGUGGGUGGUUUGGAGUCGGAUCAGGAGAGUGCUGCUCAGUCCUCAAAAGUCUCUGGAGGUGCUGUCAGCAACGACAAGUCCACGGGUAAAAACGAAGCUGGAACCGAAAGCAACAGCAACCGUCCAUUCAAGUGCAACGCAUGUUUGGAGUCGUUUGCCACUAAAACAGCACUUAGUGUACAUUACAACUCCACCACCCACAUUCAGAGGAUGAGAACUGGGUCUUCUAAGCAGGCUGGGGAAAAUGAUGCUUCAGAACCAUAUCCCUCCCGCCCUUACGUCUCCAACAAGCCCUACCAGUGUGCUGUGUGUCGAGUCUCAUACAAUCACGCCAUCACGCUUGAGAGUCAUUUGAAAUCUGUGUUGCACCAAACGCGAAGCAGAAAUGCUAACAAUUCAGCCAACAAGACUGCUAGCAGUUCAAGCAGCAGCAGCAGCAACAACAGCAGCAGCAGCAUAGUGCCCAAUUUAGUUGUUGCCACCACGGGCAAUGCCACACAGUUAGUAAACACUACCACCAGCAAUUGCAUCACCCAGCCCAGCCUGACUGCAUCUGCAGCCACAACCAAAGAUGGAGAGCAAAUUCAGCCAGCACCUUCGCUCCUCACCUCUCCCGUGGCCUCGGCUCAGGCAGUCUCUGCCUUCCUCACUCUCCUGACCUCCAGUCCCAACUCCAUCCCGCAUUCCAUCCUCCCCUCUCUGUUUGCCACCGGAGCGGGCGCCACACCCGGGACGGCGGCAGGCCCCCAGCUCGUCCCCCAGGCACAGGUGCUUAUGCCGCUGAUUCUGAAUGGGCUGCAGACCCAGAACCCGCAGAGUCCAAGCCCCGAACUGUCCCAGUCUCUCCCUGUGCUGGGUCUCUCGGCCGCACAGCAAGCUCUUCUUGCCCAAAGACUCAGUGGUUUACAAAGUCAGUGGUCAUCUGUUGGACUUCAGGCCUCCGUACAGCCUGAUGCAGAGGAUUCAGAGGGAGCAGAGAAAACAAGUGGCUUACAAAGACCCUGUGAGCAGAUAAAAAUCGAGCCAAAAGAGGAGUCGUUGCCACUAAAGCUGGACAUUAAAUGUGAGGUGAAGUCAGAAAGGGUAGUGGAAAGUGAGGGUCUGAAAAAAGAGUGUAAAGAGGAGGAGCAGGGUAAAGUGAGCGCCCCUGAACUGAGCAGCGCCUUAAAAACCGAGGACAACAGGGUCGAGGAUGGUGUGGAGCACAUGGAGAAAGGUCAGGAGAGUGACACUGAUGAAGAGAGCACAAUGGAACGGGAGAGUGCAGAGUCUGAUACAAAGAAGUUGCCUUGCACAAAUGUAACAAAUUCUCUGGCAGCUCCCAGCCAGUCUCUCCUUAGUGAUGGCACAUUGUCUGACCUUGAGCAGGCCCAGUGCUAUACUCCUAAACACAGACAGACAGUAAACAGCACUGGGAUCAAGUCACGCCCCUUAAAUGCCUCCCUUGCCUUAGGCCGGUCAGGCCUCGGUUGCUCCAAGUCUAGGCCUCCCUUUUCUCCAGGAGCCCCUGUGCUUUCUGAGUUCCAGUACCAGGUUUUGUUGGCCUUUCUGGAGUCUAGAAGCGAGGCAGAUGCUGCAAGCCCCCCACGAGAGGACUGUGAAGCACUUGGGAGGGAGGUCGGGCUCACAGAAGAGGAGGUCCGCAAAUGGUUAGAAGACGCCCAUCAAGCCAAAGAGAGGCAGAAAGCUGGAGAACUUAGGAGAACGGAUGGGAGAGAUUAUGACCAGGACGAUGAUGAAGAAAGCGCACUUACAAUUGAUGAGAGUCCAGUCAGGUCUGCAGCCCACGCCAUCGACUUGUCCAGUGGGGGAGACAGACGGAGGGAGAAGGAGCGGGAAAGUCAGGGUGACUCCUGCUUGACCUCUGAUUCUGAGAACGAGGAGGUUUACACCUCUGUCAUUGUGACAGAUGAGGAAAGCCAGGCUAGCUCCAUGAGAGAGGAGCCAAGCAGUCCCGCUAAAGAAGCACCACAGAGAGAGCAAGUUGGGGAGAAGAGCUCAGGUGGGGGAAAGGUACUCCGGUCCACUACGGUUUUCCUUUCUGAUGCUGAAGAUGACGACGAGGAGGAAGAGGGUGGGAGCCACGUGGGGAAAAGGAAAAGGAGGAAAAGAGAUCCUGAUGGAGAGGACGUGGAGGCCAAGAGGGAUCGACUGGAUCCCGACCUGGAUCUGGAGUUGGAAGCUCAGGCUGAUCCCCCCACUCCCCUCUCGGUUUCCAUUGACCAGAGAGGCCUCCCCAGUAGUAUUCUCCAUUCGCUGCCUCUCUCCCUCUCUCUCGCCCCAUUCUCCACGCAGUUGUUCAGUCCAUAUGUUCUCUCGCUGCCCUCGUCCGUGGUCGGGGUUGGAGUGGCAGAGGGCGACGGUGGCAAGGUAGCGGCCUUUCCAAAUGCCCAGACCAUCGCUCACUGCUCAGCUGCAUUCUCAGAAGCUCUCAAUUCACAUUCUUUGUCCUCCCACUCACAGCAUGCUCAGUAUAUGUCUAAUGGCGGGGACUGUGAGACCGCAUUGGACCUCAGCAUGGGAAAGAACCAUAGCUCCACAAAGGCUUCCACAUCUGUCAGUGUGGCUGAUAAGACCGCGGCACAAAAAGGACGCUUGUUGGACGGACUCGGGCUCAGGCCGGCAGCGGUUGGGGUUCCAAGCGAAGGCGGUCUUAUUGUUCUCCAAGUGAAGCCAGACUCUGCUAUCGCUAUUCCGGCUGCCAACAACAGCAACUUCAUCAACCACAAUAACUUGGCGAAGACCAACACUGUGCUAAUGAGGGCUGCCGAGAGAGAGCCGACGUCCACAAUUGACCGAGAGAAAGACAAAGAAAGAGAGAAGGAGAAAGAGCAGAGGAGGCCCAAGGCGAGACGGUUCAAAGACAUGAGGAGAUCCAGAACCAUUAUUCAAGCGGAGCAGCUCGAUGUGCUUUACGGCUGUUACUUCAAAGACCCAAACCCAGGAAAGCACGAAUUUGAACAAAUCUCCGAGUGGGUACAUCUUCCAAAGAAAGUGGUACAGAUCUGGUUUCAGAACAUGCGAGCCAGAGAAAGGAAAGGGGAGGUGCGUUUCAUUAGCGAUGGCACUCUGGCAGCCGUGGGCAAGCCACUCAUUAAGUUCACAUGGCCCCUGACGCAGCCCAUCUUCUCGAGCUCCCCUAAAAAUAGCACCAACUCCAACUCCACUGCUGGAGCCACAUCUGUAAAUAUUCACCCUAAAGCAAUACCAGGUAAAGAGGAUAAGGUGUCUGUGAACCAGGGGGCUAACAGACCAAAAGAAGGUGCAUCUGCUUCAGCCGUUACUAGUGGCGGAGGAACAUUAGUAGUGCCCAAGACUAAAACUGACCCACAAACGCCUGUCACAAUGGUCAAAAUUGCCCCCAAAGCCAUUCAUCCUGCAAUCCAAAUGUCAGCCAAGGAUAGCACUCCUACUUCAUCCUCUCCAUCUCAGAAACCUAACCCUGAAGAGGAACAUGACAAUCCAGAACAGGGGGCGGAAACAGAUCGGGACAGCCCCGGACCCAGGCCAGGAGCCGCUAACCGCGCGGCAGCACCCAAGUCAUCCACAGCACCUGCCAGCACUGGGUCUGAGAAAGCCAUAGGUGAGUCCCAGCAACACAAUGGGCUCAAUUAUUGGACCCCCAAAAGCCCCUUCAAGAUCAACACUUUGUCACGCGAGCAGUUGGGACUCUCUACAUUUUGUACUCGCAAUCUUAACCCCACCACGUCACGGAACCCCACACCCACCCCAGCACCACGGAACCCCACCACUACCACACCACAACGAAACCCCCCCUCUACCCCAGCGCGGAUUCCCCCGUCUACCACAGCAAUUGUCACUUCCACCUCCACGCCCACCGUUGCAAAGUCCAGCCAAAGGGAUGUUGGAUUUCUGACACACUCCACACCAAGGCGACCACGCACGCACCUUACUUGUCUCCAGCUGUCCAUUCUGCAGUCGUGCUACGAGACGUGCGCUCAUCCCAACGCACUCGAAUGUGAGGCUGUCGGAACUGAGCUGGGGUUGCCCCUCAAAGUUGUGCAAAUCUGGUUCCAAAAUACGCGGGCCAAGGAAAAGAGAUGGAGGCUUCAGCAGGAAAAGCUGUCUCCAAGUUCAGACCCCUCUAAGAAGGUCGAAAUCAGCGCAGCCAGCUACCUACAGUAUAAUGCUCUAAGAGCCAACCGUCCCAUCCUCCCCAAACCGGUUCAGCUGACAGUCGUGGAGCCCUCACAGCCGCCAGGCGUGGGACAGCCAGCAGGCCGUGAGACCCUUCGGGGCCGCUGCGAAGCCUGCAACGCGACGUUCGAGUCCAGAGCGGCUGCACGAGCACACGUUUUCUCCCCACGCCAUCUCGCCACACUUAGAACCACUAACUUUGGCCAACCAGCAGCGCUUCUCAACAAUGGCUCUAGCACCGGGGGAGCGGGUUCUAAUGCGAGUGUUGCAGCCGUGUCUUCGACCCCAUCGCCAGCCAGCAGCACCACCAGCUAAGGUCUAGACCUAGUCUAAGCAAAAAGACAUUGGACGCAUUAAGACCUUGAGCUUUUAAUAGACUUGAAAUGGGUGCUGGUCUUUCAAGCAAACCUUCUUUGUGUCUCCAAUACCGAAGGGGCCCCCAAAUUGCUCACCAUCCUUUUCCCUCUCUCUUUCUGGUCUUCUGCUGGGUAUGAACUCAAGAUGAUUUUAAUCCAACAGGGCUCAUUCGGUUACGUUUUACCCCACAUGACUUUACCUAAAGUAAUUACAUGACCACAUCAUCUUGACCUUAGCUCAGGAUUUUGUGGUUGUGGUCAUUACCCAUCGUGUUUAGAGAUGUGUUGAUUCUGAAUUUCACAGUUGUAACGUGUGUUCAUGGACCAUAUAUUUAGGCAGGUGUGCCUCUUAAUGGGAUAUGUUCUCAUUUCAAAGAGUUGAAAUAUGAACUUGGUACUAUCAUCUUUUGAGACGGCAUCCUCAAAACUUAUUACAGCUUUUACUUUUGUCAAAGUAUGCCUCCAUAUGUCCCUUCGUAUGUAUGUUUUCCUGCCAAUGUCUACAGUGGUUUUCCCAUAAGUAGGUGGUUAGAUGAGGAUUUUUCCCCCCAGUCAAAUGAUCAGAAACCUGUGAUGAGGUAUGUGUUGGACAGGUGUUUCCAUUUUAGUGGUAGGGUGGGGAAGGAAAGCCUUUGGCCAGAAUGGAUGAAACACUGGUUGACUGAUAUGAAGGUUCAUUUGGAAUUUCAGGAGAAAUUAGAGACACUGCUUGGAAAUCUGGAAGUGCUGUUACAAUGGCUUCCAUCAGGAAGCAGACAUUUUGAAUCGGAGUCACAAUGACAAUCUGAGAGAGAGAGAGAGAAUAGAUAUAGACUAAUAAAAUCAGAUACUUUUCAUAUAGCACUUUGGUUGUUUAAGUGAGAGAGACUAAGCUUUUAAAAUGAAAUUGCUGCGCAAAAUACAUGUUGCAUAACAAAUAUUUUACUGUAAUCAGAUACUAUACCUGCUUUGUGGUCCUCCUACUGACCUAAAUCACCAGUAAUAAACAGGAACACAUUUUUAAGAUCAGCUAAAAAGACUAUAUACGGUAUAACAGUCAUCCAGUUUUUUAUUUGCUCUUAAGAUAAGUAAAAAAUGUUUUUAAUUAAGUUAAUAUACAGAAAUUGAGUUGAUGUACAAUAAUGUAUCCCAAAUGAGAUCACUCUCAGAAAUCAGUUGGUAUUGACAAGAAAGUACAGGGUCUGUCAUUUGCGUAGGUAUAUAUUUUUCAUUCAUUGUCUUGAUGCAUUGUAUGCUCUUGCAAAGUUUUCUGUUUUCUGCAGUCAUGCAGUUCUGGAUAACCAGCAAGAAGAGGGUAUGGUGUUAAUGUUAAGGUGUCCCUUUACUGUUAUGGACUUUCACAAAUCAGUAUAUUGUUAUUUGGAUGGAUGGAGCAAAAAGGAAGUGCCGUUUGAAGGACAUAAAAUACUAAAGAUGUUUUUUCCUUUUUAAGUUGUAUAUUGUUAUUAUUAAUAAUGCUAUUAAUAGUUUAACAAAAUGCAAAGUUAAAAAAUUAAAACUUUUUUAAAGAAUUCUAUUAUGAAAAAAAAAAAAGAUAUUCCAAAGUUAUUCUUCCUUUGCUGUCUGUCAUUAAAAAACCAAAAAGCAAUCUUGAGGUUGACAGAGAGCGGAAGAGACACUCUUAAUGCAAACUGUACAGGAACUCUCAAAACCUUGACACUUUGAGCUAGUCCAAGAUUUUACGCAUGAGCUACAGAUGAUGAAUGCAUUUCAGCCAACACAACAUGGGGCACUUGAUUGUGUAUUCAACGACUAGAUGCUUUUAAUAUACUCUUGUUAAUUGCUUAUACUUUUGUAACACGUUGUGUUGAGCUGUAGCUCAUGCACACAAAACAUGGACUGGGUUGCAGUGCUAUACGCUACAGAAAUGGGAACACGCAGUGUUGCACUGUUCAAAGUAGAUAGGUGGUUUGUUUCUUUUUUUAUUCUAAUCAUUUUUCAUCACUUGAUUAUCACUUGUUAACUGUACUACUAUUGCCAUUUAUUCAUCACUGUUUUGAUUACUAUUGAUUCAUGACGGUUUUAAUUGCAUCUCUUAACCUGUGAGAUGGCAUUGGUAUGAAUAUUGAACAAUAAUGGUGGCAGUGUUGUUUAAACUUAAUAGAUUUUUUGAUUAAGCUUGUUUUCUUUUCUUUCCUCACUCUUGUACCUUCAUUUUGUGUUGAUUCCCAUUCUGUUUUCUUACACAGAAGUGAAAUAAAAAAAAAAACAAUUGAA